AUAAUAGAUCAAAACAUUCGGAACGUUUUCAAACAAAAUGUCACCGACUUAGUAAUUGCGUAUAUUCUCUGCGUGCUAUUUAUUAUAAAACAUAUUAUAUUAUUGUUGUCAAUAUAAAAAUAGCAUGUGUUUAGUGCCAUAAAAUAAUGUGAAUAAUUAUUGUGUCAAAUAUUACUUCCUAAUUGUGUUAUAAGGUGAUAUUAGUUAUGAACGAAAAUAUCCGAAUAACUUGAAACGGUAUUGUGAAAUAAUAUCGAAAACGAAAAAUUUUAGGAUCGACCAACAAACAAAUAAUCAGACAUGAUAGUUCGCUGGUCGAACUACUCAUAGUAGCGAGGAUCGAUUCCGAUAUGGGUCAGCAAACGUCGAGGAAGAGCGGCGAGUGCACCUGCGGUUGCGGCGCCUGGGAGAGACGUCGGUACGCGGAGUCGCCGAGCAGCGUGCACCGCUACGUGAGCGCCGUCACUGACAGAUGGAGUGCGAGGGAGUGCGCGUGCCGGCGACGCCGGUGGCGCCGGCCGGCCUGCGUGUGCACCGCCUACCGCCGCGUCAGCGACGCCUGCCACGACGACCGUUUGGCUGCAGUACUGACGCUGGGCGCGAGGGACCUCCGACGGGAAUUGGACGCCAUUGUCAUUAACACAGACACAGAUACGAACAGAGAGAUAGGGGAGCCCACAGCUGAAGUAUAUGUACUGUCAGUGGCGCCUCGGACCGACGGUGAGACCUCCCAAGAGGGUAGGAGGGCCGAACUGGCUCAGGCCAACGAUCCCUCAAUCAGGCGUUUCCAGGUGGUCUGCGGUGGUGAACUGCGCGCGUUGUUGCUACGUGCGCCCCCCCUCGCGCACCAGCCCCUGCCGCCUCCGCUCACGACAGUGCACACGCAGGUUGAUUACAAGCACUGCUUAGUACCGGACUUACAAGAAAUAACCGCUUGCUCGUUCUACUGGGGCAAGAUGGACAGAUACGAGGCGGAACGUCUGCUUGACAACAAACCUGAAGGCACGUUCCUGCUGCGCGACUCUGCGCAGGAGGAGCACCUGUUCUCGGUGUCGUUCCGCAAGUACGGGCGCUCGCUGCACGCGCGCAUCGAGCACUACCAGCACCGGUUCAGCUUCGACUCGCACGACCCCGCCGUGUUCGCCGCGCCCACCGUCACCGGCCUCAUCGAGCACUACAAGCAGGACCCCGCGUGCGUGAUGUUCUUCGAGCCGAUGCUGACGGCGCCGCUGCCGCGCACCGCGCCCUUCUCGCUGCAGCAGCUGGCGCGCGCCGCCAUCGUUUCCCGCCUCAGCUACGACGGCGUGGAGCAGCUGCCGCUGCCGGCCCGCCUGCGCGCCUACCUCAAGGAGUACCACUACCGGCAGCGCGUGCGCGUGCGCCGCCUGGAGCCCGACGCCUACGAGCCGCAGAUGUAGCAGCAUCCGUGGCACGACAGGAAUGUCGUGCUGCUGAUGUUCGGAGCCAUUGUGCUGUUGCAAGCGAACAGCUUGUACGCGUUGUACCUCAACAUGAGUCGAUUCUACGGUGCAAAUCAGUGACUGAGUGUAGUGAUCGGGAUGCUGGUGGUUAUGGUGACUUUGUGAUUAGUGAUUAUGAGAUGGAAGAAGAUAACAGCAUAGAGGAAUCUCCAUUGGGGAGAUAUUUUAGUGGAGAGUUUCCUGGCAAUUGUGUGGAAUGGACUCCGCUUCUAUGCUCCACGUCUUGAUAUCGACAAGCAGUGAUAUGAACUUAAUGUAAAUGUACAUUUGAAUGUUGAACGGCAGAGCUAUUAUCAUUUGUUUAAUUAUUGUUAUCGUGAAGAGACGAAUGAAUAUUACAUAAUGGUACUAUGUAAAUAAUAUCAUGGUUGUUUUGAGAACGAAUUAAGUGCAAUAAUUAAAUAAUUUAUUAAUAGUUUAAUGUGAUACCCGAGUUAAUCAGGAUUGGAUACAUUACAAGCACAAUGUAACUGUGUUGCUUUUGGAUUAUACUUUAAUGGUUUCAGUGGUGGAUUUACUAGCAAAGCUGAACAGGCUUGAGCGUAGAGCAAUUUUU